AGAGUUUAAUUGUGUGUGUUUUUUUAUGUAGGGAAGCGGGAAGCAUAGCGUUGCGGAAUACCCCUUGAAUUGGGUCGGUUUGGUUUCGGUCACUGCGGCGGUAAGCAAAGCGAAAGCAAUUUAGCCUACAUUUCGCCUUCAUUAUGGGUAAUUUCAAACUCCCAUUGUCCGCUGUCUUUUUGGUCUCUGUAUUCGUCUUAGGUUAGUGAUGCUGUUCUUAUCCGCCUGCUGCUUAGCACUACUAACAAGUUCACGUUUUCUCAUAUACCUCAAUCCAAAGAACACCCUAAAGAUAUUCGUUAGAACUACAGAUGAGAGACCUGAAUAACAUAGACAUUGGUAUGCCCUAGAGUAUGUUUUGGAUACUCCGUGUCGAACGGGGUAACUACGUAUACCUGUCUUCUUACGAAACACAACUACGGUCAAACAUUAGGGCUUACUUGCUCGACUGCCUCCCAACGUCGCUCCGCUCCCGUAAAUCUAGACUCCCGGACAAAGAUCUACCAUGUUUAGUCAACAGGAUUGCCCAAGAAAUGCUGAUGUAUUGUAAAGCAUGCACAUGUACCCGGUACAGUAUCCACAUUACCCCGGAUUACUAUCUCGCAUUCCCACUCCGAUGUCUUCUUAGUAAGGACCACGGAAUAGUUCCGUGUCGGACUCCCCGUUGCUUGCUCAGCUUCAUGACUCAUGCUGGCUCGCAGGUAGAUGAGCUGCUUUGUGGAACAACCUGCUCAUUGAAUAUACUUACGUCCGUCCGCUUUCUACACAGAACAAUCCUUGUCGUAAAGGCAGUCGCUGGACUGCACAUCCAUAUACGGAACGACAAGACACUGCGAGUAGCGUUAGAGUGCGCCGUGGCGUUGGCCUAGAUGAGAAAUGGACCUUGGUGUUCAAGAUGUGGAUCUCUUCAGCUCGAGUCGCCUCAACUCACCAGCUGCCCAUUCGUCUACCUAUCUACGCGCCCUACUACUAAGCAGCCACAAGAUUGCUGUUUCGCACCUCCAG